AUGAAGAAACUGGCAGCACGAGGAAUUGGAAUCGUUAAGCGGAAAGCUGACAUCAUCAGCUGUGAACAGGAAGAUAUCCUGUGGGAUAAGGGAAUCCUCGGAGAUGACACACCCCAGAAACUACUGGACACGCUGCUUUAUCUGAAUGGCAUUUCCUUCUGUUUGAGGAGAGGUGAAGAACACCAUUCGCUUAAACUUUCAAAUUUCUCAUUUGUGGAGAAAAAUGGUAUUAUGCACCUGAAAUACUGUGAAGGAAUAACGAAGACAAACAGCGGCGGGUUAAAACACAAAGCUCUUGACAGAAAGACUAUAGUGGUGGACCCAAAUGCUGAGAAGAAGGAACGCUGUCUUGUCCGGUUACACCAAAAGUACUUGUCACUAAGACCGCAGUCUUGUGACACUUUCUAUCUGAGGCCUCUGAGGUACCCAAGAGUCGACGUGUGGUUCUGCACCGUUCCUAUCGGGAGACAAACCCUAGGAGGCGUCGUGAAGCGUUUAUGCGCAGAAGCUGGUUUCACGGGUUUCUUUACCAACCACUCACUGAGGGCAACUGUUGCAACGAGGCUUUAUGAGCAGGGAUUUGACGAGCAGCUCAUUUCCGAGAGAACAGGACAUCGGUCGACUGCUAUUCGCAGUGCACAUCAUAGGAUGAACACAGCCGUGGCAUCCAAGUAUUACAGGCACCCUCCGUGGGGAAAACAUCGCCUGGGUGUAAAGAUCACCAUUCUAUACUACGAGGAAGUAUCCUCGUGUGAACGGAUCAGUGACAUCAGAGAUUCUUGA